CCCUACAGGCAUCCCGUCAUGCGCGUGGACUCAGCGCUACGUCAGCAGUGAUACCGAAACAUGGCGGUGUCCAUAACGCAGCGCCCGGCUGUCAGCGCUCGUGUGUUGAUAUUCACUUUCUUCACAGCGUUAAUAUUUCACCACAGUGUCGCCGAUACUACCGCGGGUGCCACGACGGCAGAAGAGUCUCCUCAUCGUCGGUUUGAGUACAAAUACAGCUUCAAAGGACCGCACCUGUCUCAAACUGACGGCAAUAUCCCGUUUUGGAUCCACACUGGCAAUGCUAUUCCCAGCGCAGACCAGGUGCGCAUUACGCCAUCCCUCAGGAGUCAGAGGGGCAGCGUUUGGACCAAAAACAAAGUCAACUUUGAACACUGGGAGGCCGAGGUGACCUUUAGAGUGUCUGGAAGAGGCAGAAUGGGAGCCGACGGUUUGGCUGUGUGGUUCACCGCUGCACAAGGCCUCGACGGUCCGGUGUACGGCGCCGCCGACCGCUGGAAUGGAGUUGGAGUCUUUUUUGACUCUUUUGACAACGACGGAAAGAAAAAUAACCCAGCUAUAAUUGUUGUGGGAAACAAUGGCAAUUUUGUUUACGACCACCAAAAUGACGGCACCACACAGGCCCUCGGGACAUGUUUACGAGACUUCCGCAACAAACCGUAUCCUGUCAGAGCCAAAAUAACGUACUACAAGAAGACACUGACGGUGAUGAUCAACAACGGCUUCACUCCAGACAAAGAGGACUAUGAGUUCUGCACGAAGGUGGACAACAUGAUCAUUCCCACCGAGGGCUUCUUUGGCAUUUCAGCUGCCACUGGUGGUCUCGCAGAUGACCACGAUGUUUUGUCUUUCUUAUUAUUCAGACUCUCAGAACCAGGCCAGCAACCGCCCCCACCUGAAUCUGAGAUUCCUAAAGAAGAGAAGGACAAGUACCAGGAGGAAUUUCAGAACUUUCAGCAAGAGCUCGACAAAAAGAAAGAGGAGUUUCAGAAGGAGCACCCAGACGUCCAAGGAGAGCCAAUUGAGGACCUGUAUGAGAGCGUGAAUGACCGGGAAAUCCGUCAGGUGUUUGAAGGUCAGAACCGGAUCCACCUGGAGAUCAAACAGCUGCACCGGCAGCUCGCUAUGAUCCUGGACGAGCAGCGGCGAUACGUUUCUGUCAUCACAGACGAGGUCGCCAAAAAGGGAUCAAACGCCGCGUCGGGACAGCUGGACACUGGCAGUCAGCAACAGUUGGGCUCCGUCUUAGCCACCCAGCAGGAGGUUCUCAAAAAUCUGAACGACUUGAGAAACUCCUUUUACGACUCCCUGAAACAGAUUGGCUCAGUCCAACACCAGGGUAACACAGGCGGAAUGGGAACAUAUGAGACAAUUCAACACUUCAACGAAAUCAAGGAACAUCUGCACACAGUCAGAAGGGACGUGGAGCAUCUGGUUCAACGUAACGCUCAGAAUCCUGCUGAGAAGGUUAUGAAGUGCCCCGAGGUGCCUGCCAUGCCUUCCUGCUUAUCCACCGUUCAUUUUGCAGUCUUCAUCGUCGUGCAGUCGGUCCUGUUCUUUUGCUACAUCAUGUACAAGAGUCAACAAGAAGCAGCAGCAAAGAAGUUCUUUUGAUGAAAUUAAUUUCUGAAAUGAAAGUGUGUAAAUGAGGGAAUGUCCAUUUUGAUAAUUUUUCUGUUUUGUUUUGUUUUGUUUUUUUUGGUUUGAUUACUGUCAGAUUGUAAGUUAUUGUACUUGAAAAAAUUGGUUUUGUCCAAUAGGUUUGUUUUAAUUGAUUGCAGAUUUUUUUAAUUUGAUCAGUAAAUUGCUGUGUAUGAAUGCUGGUGUGAGACUCAUCAUGGGUCAUGUUCCUUACAGUAUUUUUUGGUUGGUCACAUCCAUAGAUUUUGUUUUCAGGAGUUGAAACCUGCCGUAGUCCCAUUCCAUGAAACUGAGCUGACGACGACAACAACAACAACAACAAAAAAACCUGUGUUUUGAAAUGUGCAAUUUUGUAUGAAAUAAUGCUGAACUAUUGAUGAUAAAAACUCAGAAGUCUGCCUCCGUUUAUCUGGUUUGACUGAGUCAAACGUGGCAGACUCUGACAAAUCUUCUACCUGAACAAUUUACAUAAACCAAAAACACAAAUUA